CGUUUAUGCCCUUAGUUUAUUGCCAGCAUUACAUCGUGCCGCCGUUUCAUUCAAUUAAUUAGCUGCCUUAGAUUUCAUUUAUCAUUACGAAAUAAAUUGUAGUUUAGACCAAAAAAUUCAGACGUUUAAUUUUGGAAAAAUACGAAAAUGGCUGCACUAUUUCGAACUUUGGCUCUUCAAUUGAUAUCGCAAAAAUGCUACGAGACAUAUUUCUAUGAGAACAACUUCUUUGACGUUGCUUGCUUCAAGGGAUUACUAAGCAAAACACUAGGAUAUGGAAUUGUUGCCGGCUCAUUGUUCGUGAAGGUGCCACAAAUCCUGAAGAUUCUAUCAAACAAAAGCGGCGCUGGCAUAAAUAUUUUCGCCGUAUUUUUGGAGCUAACGGCAAUCACGCUCAAUUUAUCGUACAGUUUUGUGAAAGGAUUUCCAUUCAGUUCAUGGGGAGAUGUCUCGUUUUUGGCUGUUCAGACCGCUGUGAUUGCUGCAUUAGUUCUACAUUACAGUGGCAAAUUUAUUCCAAUGGUGGUAUUCUUGGUGGCCUAUGUUGCAGCAUCGUAUACGCUCAUGGGAGGACUCACAUCGAUCGAUGUGUUGUGGUCAUUACAAGUGCUAAACAUUCCAAUUGUGAUUGCUGGCAAAAUGUCUCAAGCUUGGACUAAUUACUCAAAUGGAAACACUGGUCAAUUAUCAGCAGUCACUUGUUUCAUGCUGUUCUUCGGCAGCGCAGCCCGUGUCUUCACAAGCAUCCAGGAAACCGGAGACUCGCUCAUCAUCCUCACAUACAUUUUGUCAACACUUAGCAAUGGUGUGAUUGUUGCUCAACUUCUCUAUUACUGGAAUGUUGGUGCCGGUGGCAAAAAGAUUAAUCAAAAAAGCAAACAAACGAAAACUGCCAAAACUAAAGCCAAAAAAGCCGAUUAGAAGCGCUAGAGUUCAACAUAAGCAAACAAACAAUCACGAAAACUGUCCAAAUAAUUUUGGGUCUCGAUGGGUGUGUAUUCGUAGGGAAAAUGGAUAGACUGUUAAAUUGAAACACAAUUUAGACUAAUUUCAAACAUUCUUUCAUAUUUAUGGAGUAUUUUUGUAAAGCAAACACAAAUAAAGUAAAUAGAGUAGGUCAAAAAACGAAUCAUAAUUUUGGUUAUGCAUAACCUAACAUUUGUCCAGAGAUUUAUGAUGUGAAAUUCGUGUUGUGAGUGAAUAAAAAAAUGAAUUGAAUAAAAUAAAAA